GGGCAGAAGCUCCUGACGGGUGAAAACUCUUUGGGCGGGGUUUGUCCCUUGAAGAAGAUUAUGACGCACAGGGACGGGGUGGGGCUUCUGGAAAAGGUCAGCGUGCGGGCUUACAAAUGCUUUCGUCAAAGUUUUCUUCGGUGUCUUUCAAGAGGAUCAUGUGGAACCGCAUCACUUUGACCCCUGUCUUGAGGUACCCAGCAUGCCUUGUGUCUACAUCCUGGUUUCCAUUAUCCCAGACUUGCAAGAGCAAGUGCCAGAAAUUUGGCAAGGGCCAACAACAAGUAUGCUGCCUACUGAUUAGUCAUGAUAGAGUUAAACCUGUCAACAUAGUUCCACAUAACAUGAUACACUCCCCUUCUGUGACCUUCAAGAUAAAAAGCAAGCAUCAGCAUACAAAAAGCUUCCCAGUAUUAGAUGGGAGUAUCCCUUCCCUGUAUCAACAUGUUUCAGAAUGCAAUGCAAGGAACAGUGAGAUCUGCAUUCAGAGAUAUACAGAGUUGCUUGCGAAGGUGAGCGAAGGAGGAGGAAAAAAUGCGACACUUCGUCAUACUCAGAGGAACAAGAAGCUGCUUGUUCGUGAACGCCUUAAGAUGCUUCUUGAUGACGAACCUUUCCUUGAGCUCUCCCCUUUUUCAGGCGUUGGUAUGCCUUAUGGUGAUGUUCCUGCUGCAGCAUGUCUCACUGGAAUUGGGAAAAUCUGUGGAAUCUGGUGUGUCUUCAUAGCUAAUGAUGCAACAGUGAAAGGUGGGACCAUUUAUCCUGUUUCAGUGAAGAAACAGCUAAGAGCUCAGGAAAUAGCAAUUAAAAAUAAACUUCCAUCUGUUUACCUAGUGGACAGCGGGGGAGCAUUCUUACCACUACAGGCCGAACUGUUUCCUGACAAAUUUCAUGGUGGCCGAAUUUUCUACAAUGAGGCUGUAAUGUCUGCAAUGAGAAUCCCUCAGGUGGCAGUUGUGUGUGGCUCUUGUACUGCAGGAGGUGCUUAUGUUCCUACCAUGGCAGAAGAAACAGCCAUUGUAGAUAAAAUUGGUACAAUGUUUCUUGCUGGGCCGCCUUUAGUUAAAGCUGCCACAGGGGAAGACAUUUCUCCUGAGGAAUUGGGAGGAGCUAAACUGCACUCUGCGGUCAGUGGCUGUGUUGAUCAUUUUGCAUCUUCAGAAAAGGAAGCAUAUGAGUGUGUUAGAAAUAUUAUUUCAACACUUAAUUAUGAAGUCCCUGCAGAAAAUACUUUAGAGUAUGACAGUCCCUUGUACAGUGCUGAUGAGCUACUGGGACUUGCACCACAAGACUAUAGCUGCACUCUACAUAUAAAAUUGAUUCUGAGUCGUCUGAUAGAUGGUAGUAGAUUCCAGGAAUUCAAAGCUAAUUAUGGAACAACCUUAGUAACAGGAUUUGCUUACAUGGAAGGACUGCUAGUUGGAAUAGUGGCAAACAAUGGUGAGCUGACUCAUGAUGCUUCUCUAAAGGGUUCCCACUUCAUACAGCUUUGUAGCCAACGAAACAUUCCCCUCCUGUUCAUCCUGAAUACAGCUCCACAUGCAGUAGAACCAGCUAGUCUUGCACAGGCAGAGGAUCAUACCAAAAGAUUAAAGGCGCAGGCCUCCAUGAUGGCUGCAGUUGCUUGUGCUGCUGUCCCCAAAAUAACCCUUGUGAUUGGUGGCUGUUAUGGGAAUGAAAGUUAUGCUAUGUGUGGGAGGUCAUUUGAGCCAAAUUUUCUGUUCCUCUGGCCUAAUGCAAGAAUUGCCCUUGUGGAUUCAAGACAUUUAUCCACAUACUCACUGACAUGCAUGGGAGAAGGAGCAGAGUUAAAACAAUUAAAGGAAAAACUAGAGGAAGAAAGCAGUGCCUUUUACUCUUCUGCCAGGAUUUGGGAUGAUGGUGUAAUUCUACCGCAGAAUUCUAGGAAGGUAAUUGCACAGUGUUUAAGAAUUAUGAAGCAGCAGGAUUAUCAGAACAUGGCCCUGCAACAGUCUCCUCUUCCUGUCAUAAGAAUGUAAGCAGGAAGGGCUGGCUACAAAGAACUGAAUUUGACAUCAGUACAGUGAGGUGCUUAAAUAGAAAUAAUAUUUUAAUAUUGCCAAGAGUACUAUUAUGAUAUUGGAGAAUGGUGAAUAUGUUAGUCCUGAAUCAUGUGUCUAUUCCUUUGCGUAUCCCAUUGGCAGGUUACUUGAAAUGUAUGCCUCUUGUAUUGAAUAUGACCAAGAGAUUCAUGAGCUUUCACAACUCUUAUACAGUUUACCUUUGUCUUGAAGAUGACAGUUCACCUUUUGUACAAUUGGAUUAAUUGUUUUCAUUUAAAUUUCCAUCACUGAAUGAGACUAAAUACUGACAAAUUGCAUAAACAUUUAUAUCUAUAGUACAUGAGGUUCAUAAAAGCAUGUUGAAAAUCUGUGGCUGUGCACUUCUUGUGAAGUGUUCAAAUAUUUAAUUGUUUUGGGAAAUGUAUGAAGUACUUUGUCCUAUUAAACUAAUUUUACAAAUAACUGAUAA